CUGCCCUUAGCACAGCAGGGGUGAGGCCCCUGCAAGUCUGGGUGUCCCUGUGUGUGUGCAUGCAUGUGCACACGUGUGCACAUGUAUGCUGUGCUAUGCCUGCACCCGUAUCUGAAUCCGAGUAUAUCCGAUUCCCUCUAUAUCUGAAUGCCUUUGCAGGGUGAGUGUGUGAAUUGUUCUGCGUAUCUACAGUCCGAUCUGUGACAUAUCUGAAUAUCUGAAUUGCUGUGUGCUUGCAUCUGCACAUAUUUGUUCUGUAUGUGUUUCUGUGAAGGAGUAUGUGUGUAUAUGUGUAUGUGUGCAUAGUUGCCUGUCAUGGGAGUGUAUGCUUCCACCUGUGUAUACCAUCAUGGGAGUUUGUAUCAAUACCUCCAAGUGGUGGCCCUGGGGAUAAGUGUCUUUGUCUCUGUAGGGUUGACAUGUCUUUAUGCUCAUCUCUGUGGACCUGUUUCUGUGUAUUUUUGUGUGUGUAUGUCAGAGAGAAACAGAAGCAGAAAUCCACCAGUCCUCAAAACACAAACUCACUCUGUCUGCUUGCUGCCACCUGCUUUCCCACCCUAUCAGAAGCUUUCAAAAUCCUGGUUCCUCUGUGCCAGCUCCCUGGGUUCUAAUAAAGGUUAAAACAGGCUUUAUAAUCCUAACUAUACAUGAGCAUCACCUGGAGAACUUUAAACAACACUGCUGCCCGAACCACAGCUGAGAGCUUCUAAUUCAUUUGGGCAGGGCUUUUUUUUUUUGGGAAGCUCAGAUGACUCUAGUGGGCAGCCCAGGUUGUGUACUUGGGUCAGAGGUUAGGACUUUGCUGAGGAGGCAGUGAGCAUCCACUGUGGGGGGGGUCAGCCCAGUUCCGAUGGGGGUAGUGCUGCUGCCAUCUCAAGGUGUUGCUGAAAGCAAGCAGCUGUUUUCACCUUUUUGGCCUGAGGUUGUGGAAGGUACAGGGAAUCAACCCCUGAUCGUGGAGGCUCUCUGCCUUGCAGGAUUUCCCCACAACCCUCUGCUGGCCUGGAGAGUGCUGAGGGUCGCUGGUGCCCGGCACUCCUCCAUCACAGCCAGGCAAGCCAGGAGGGUCCUCUCUGCAGGCAGAGCCUUGGACUUCCCAGGGCUAGUAGAAAUGACCAAGCCCUUUGGGGUCCACUGGUGCUAGGUCACACCAGAGGCAGCCUGUGGCCACCAGGCAAGCCUUGGGAGCUGGUACAGAGAUCGAAGCCCGAGUGCCCGGCCUAGAUGGUGCCUCAGGGUACCCAGGAGUGCUGAGGCCAGGCAGUCUGCCCUGUCCUCCCUGGCCCAUAUGAAGAGGCUAGGCCAGCGUUGCCAUGCCCCCCAGGCUUCUUGGAGCAUCACUUGGGGACAUCUGAGGCCUCUCUCAGCAUCUGACUGAGCCCUGGUGCAUAAUAUGGGGAGUGGGGGCUCCCUUUUUUUGAGCCCUCCUGCAGCUGGUUUUAUUUCUCCUUUUUGGAUGCUUAUCUCCUGCCUGAGCUUGGAGAGGCCCUGUGGAGGCAAGGAGAGAGGGAGGGGACGUGGUUAGGCAGAGAGUGAGGGACACAAAGGCCCCUGGGGUGCAGCAGCUCUGCCCUGCUGGUAGGGGGUGUGCAAGGACUAAUGGUUGGAAUGCACAUGAAGGAUUUGCUCGGGCCCCCCAUGGCCUCCUGGGCCAGGCACCUGUGGGUUAGCAGUGCCCUGAGAUGGGCCUACUCAAUCUCUCUUAUAAUAAUAGUAAUAAUUUUAAAAUAAUCAUAACCAUUGUACGGCUGUGCCGGAGCCUAUUUAGCAGUGCCUGUUGAUGGAUGCUUUGCUGCCCUAUUUUUUAUUGUUGAUGCUAUUUUAAAGGAUGAUGUGGUGAAUAUGCUUGCAUACGCUUCUUUUUGUCCAAGUGCAAACAUUUCUCAGAUGCAGAAUUGCUGUGUUGUAGGGUAUAUGUAGUAAUGAUCAAUUUUAGAAGCAGAGUAUGCUCUUCCCCUGGAGAGUGCUCCUGCAGACUCCUCUCUCAACUCCCUGUAACCUGUCUGUCUGGUCCCCACCAGUGGCUCCAGUCCUUGCAGACCUGCUCCCUUGGAGCUCCUGCAGGUCUGAGGCCUGAGCACACGCUUCAUCUGUCACUGUGUUUCCCAUGUCAUGGUUCAAGGCUUUAUCCCGAAGAUGAAGUAGAGUGAGCCUGGAGACACAUUGGGGCUGACCCGCCGCUGCUGUCAAUGGGAAGCCAGCAGUGCUGGCCAAGAAGCGUCAUGGUUGGUGUCGUGCAUGUCUCCCUGGCUGCUCUCCUCCUGCUGCCUAUGGCCCCCGCCAUGCAUUCUGACUGCAUCUUCAAGAAGGAGCAAGCCAUGUGCCUGGAGAAGAUCCAGAGGGCCAAUGAGCUGAUGGGCUUCAAUGACUCCUCUCCAGGCUGUCCCGGGAUGUGGGAUAACAUCACGUGUUGGAAGCCCGCCCACGUGGGUGAGAUGGUCCUGGUCAGCUGCCCUGAACUCUUCCGAAUCUUCAACCCAGACCAAGUCUGGGAGACCGAAACCAUUGGAGAGUCUGAUUUUGGUGACAGUAACUCCUUAGAACUCUCAGACAUGGGAGUGGUGAGCCGGAACUGCACAGAGGAUGGCUGGUCGGAACCCUUCCCUCAUUACUUUGAUGCCUGUGGGUUUGAUGAAUAUGAAUCUGAGACUGGGGACCAAGAUUAUUACUACCUGUCAGUAAAGGCCCUCUACACGGUUGGCUAUAGCACAUCCCUCGUCACCCUUACCACUGCCAUGGUCAUCCUGUGUCGCUUCCGGAAGCUGCAUUGUACACGCAACUUCAUCCACAUGAACCUGUUUGUGUCGUUCAUGCUGAGAGCGAUCUCCGUCUUCAUCAAAGACUGGAUUCUGUAUGCAGAGCAGGACAGCAACCACUGCUUCGUCUCUACCGUGGAAUGUAAGGCUGUCAUGGUUUUCUUCCACUACUGUGUCGUGUCCAACUACUUCUGGUUGUUCAUCGAGGGCCUGUACCUCUUCACCCUGCUGGUGGAGACCUUCUUCCCUGAAAGGAGAUACUUCUACUGGUACACCAUUAUUGGCUGGGGGACCCCGACUGUGUGCGUGACGGUGUGGGCUACACUGAGACUCUACUUUGAUGACACAGGCUGCUGGGACAUGAAUGACAGCACAGCUCUGUGGUGGGUGAUCAAAGGUCCUGUGGUUGGCUCUAUCAUGGUUAACUUUGUGCUUUUUAUUGGCAUCAUCGUUAUCCUUGUGCAGAAACUUCAGUCUCCAGACAUGGGAGGCAAUGAGUCCAGCAUCUACUUAACAAAUUUAAACCCGCGAGUCCCCAAGAAAGCCCGAGAGGACCCCCUGCCUGUGCCCUCAGACCAGCAUUCACUCCCUUUCCUCUGCGUGCAGAAAUGCUACUGCAAGCCACAGCGGGCUCAGCAGCACUCUUGCAAGAUGUCAGAACUGUCCACCAUUACUCUGCGGCUGGCCCGGUCCACCCUGCUGCUCAUCCCACUGUUCGGAAUCCACUACACAGUAUUCGCCUUCUCCCCAGAGAAUGUCAGCAAAAGGGAAAGACUCGUGUUUGAGCUGGGGCUGGGCUCUUUCCAGGGCUUUGUGGUGGCUGUUCUCUACUGUUUUCUGAAUGGCGAGGUACAAGCAGAGAUCAAGCGAAAAUGGCGAAGCUGGAAGGUGAACCGUUACUUCGCUGUGGACUUCAAGCACCGACACCCGUCUCUGGCCAGCAGUGGGGUGAACGGGGGCACCCAGCUCUCCAUCCUGAGCAAGAGCAGCUCCCAAAUCCGCAUGUCUGGUCUCCCUGCUGACAACCUGGCCACCUGAGCCGUCCUCCCCUCCUCCUCUCCUCCAUCCACAGGCUGGGACUGCAGGCAGGCGCCAGCCCACGCAUGUUCGCGCCUCCUCCCUCCCCUUGGGCAGGCCCUGGGUGGGAAGCUUGGCUCCCCGAGGGGGAGAAGGAGGCAGGGCACAGACUAGGAUUGCCCCCUCCUUGUUUUGGUACUGGGCCCCCCCACUGUGGUCCCCGGGGCCCUGACCCCAGACAUGUAAAUACUCCUCAAAUUUGGAGAAGUUGUCCCAUCCCUUUCCCCUUUGCCCCAGUGUCCCUUCUCACCUCCAGCCAGGUCUCAGCUCCACCCAUCUGCGUCUCGGUCAGCCUCAGUGAUGGCCUGACCCCAGCUGUGAGGCCUUGUGAGCUAAGGCUGGAGAGCGCUUGCCUGUGGGAGCUGGGGUGGUACCUGCCCCAACAGCCCCCUCAUCAUCUGAUUUUGGAUGUGACCCCUCGAGCGUGCAUGCCACCGUGGGGCUCCUCUCGGUCCUGGGCCCAAGUCCCUGAAGCCCAGCAGAGGACCAGCUCGGGUGGCCGGAACGCCCCUUGGUGCACAUCUCCUGGCACUCGCCCAGCAUCUUGGUGUCUGGGUGCUCAGCUCCUGGGUCCCAGGACAGUGGGACAGCUCCAAGGCUCUUCUCAUCAGAGACUUCAGUUUGGGUGGGGAAUCUGUAGGUCAGGGAAAGUUCUGGUGCUUUUCAUUUGAUCCAAGAGGAGCUGAGAGCCAGAAAUGUGGCUGUGAUUGGGAAAGAGACACAGUUUGGGAGACCCAUGGAAGAAAACCUUUGCCAUCUGCAUUGUUUUAACCCCAGCUCAAGAUGGGCGGGGUUCUUCUGGUUACUUCCCGUCCACCUCUCCUACCCCCAUGGAUGCCUUCCAGAAGCUGUUUCCAACCACGCCCACCACAGAGAGCCCCUAAGCCCUCCCCAUUUCCCCUAAGUCAAAGCCAUGACUAGGAUGAACUAGCCGCCUGCCUGUGAUGUCAGUGCAUCCUCAAUCACCUUUCGCCUCCAUGCACCUGAGUCUGGGGCCCAGGGCUCUCCCCCCCACCCCCACCCCCACCCCCAUGGAUGAUAAGGUGUCCCAGACACCAGAUCCUUGGGCCUGGACUCAACUAUUGAAAUCUGAGACCUCUGCAAAGAUGUCCCUUGUAUGCCCUUGAUCUUGACUCACCCUGGGCUACUAGGGUGUCAGGAGAAGCUGCACCCACCAUGCCCAUUCUGAUGGGGCAUUUGCUUCCCACCACCUGCCCCUGGGCCCCCAGCUGCAGGUUGCAAACCCUCAGCCUGAGAAUGUAAAAUAAGGCAGUGCCCAGCUGGGGAGGUAGAGGGAAGUGCUGGAGCACAUGGUCCCUGUGUGGCCUAGUUUUCCACGUCAGCAUUUGGUGUUACUCCUGUCCAAGUUCUGUUUGCAGACUUGUCUCAUGAUGAUGUUCUGGAAUGCUUGGGGACUUUGGGUGGAAGAGGAUUGUUACUUCAUUUUAUAAAGAAGAAGGGGCCUGGGGAACUUGGGAAAAUGUUUCUGGAGAGGCUUUCAGAGUGGCUGGAAAAGGAUCUUAUUGCUGUAAUUUAGAGAGGAGCCCGUGUCCUUGGCCAGUCAAGUAAGUCCCUGAGUCUUUGGCAAAGCCCGAGGAAGAAAGGAGGUACCUGACCUUUCCUGGGCAUGCUUGAUGACUCAGACUGAUCAUGGAGUGUGCAGUGCCCCUUCUACCCUGCACCUGACCUCAUGGUCCCCUCCGCCUGCACUAGUGUGUAUUACUGAAGCAAUGGUUCUGUGGCCAUCUUGCACUUUGGACACUAACGGGGCUGGGCUGCCUGGAAGGAGCCAUGGACUGGGGUUCAGGGAACUACACUCUACCCCAGUUGGGUUCAGACUGCUAUGACUGUGAAUACGUUGCUCCCUGCCCUGUACUGUGAUUUUCCAGUUCAAAGCCAAGGCAGGUAAAAGGGCAUGCAUCAUUGUGCCUCAUAUCAGGUUCGAGAGAGAGAGAGAGAGAGAAAGAGAGGUGUGUGUGUGUGUGUGUAGAGGGAUGGACAGAAUGCCAUUUAUUUCCCUUUCUUAGAAAUGGACCUUCUGUCCCUUCCAUUUGAACACCACAGUGGAAGCUGGUGGACUAGAAGGAAGAACUAGGUCACGGACAUUUGAACAGGUGCCUCGGGCCUGACGUAGAGUCAGUCAUAUAUACCUGGCUGGGAUGUGGUGCCUCCUCCAGAUCCAAGGAGCAGCCCCUGGGGAUGGACCCCACUCAUUCAUCAACACUCCCAGCAGCAGGUCUGUUUCAUUGUGGAAGAAGAAACUUUGGCAUUAUAGAGACAUCAUCGCAAAACAGCAAAAACAAAAUCAACCCUGAACCCCAUGCACUGUGCUGCUUCCUGAGCCCUGGCCCUGUGUCCUCAUAGAGGUUGCUGGUUCCUAUUCUCUGAUUUUUCUGUCUGAAUUUUUGCCAGUCUUGUGAGCAGAUGUACCUGAUGUAUUCUCUGUGUUCCAGGAGGUUCUGGCCAUCAGGGUCACAGGCAGUAGGUGGACAGCAUAAGGUCUGUGUAAAACUCUCCCCUCUCUGACCCUGUCUUCAAAUCUGUAAAAUGGGCAAUAAGGCUAGAUGAUUUGUAUAUAGCCCAAAGCAUCUCUGGAACCGUCUAAACACCAGCCAUCUACUUGAAAUGGGCCCCAGAACUGUGGUAUUUGCCUGGGCCAGGAAAGGCUAAGAAAUCCCAUCAUGUGAAGACAGCGUGAGAGACUUGGGAAAACUGGGGCUGGGGAGGAGCAGCCUUGUCAGACUUCGUCCCUGUUGAGACUCCAUUCCUGGAAAGGGGGUUUUCAUUUUGUGCAAUCCUGAAGGACCAAACUCACCCACAGGGGCUGAAUUGGGAUUAUAUAAUGCCAAUCAUUCUUGGGAUGAAGAAAUCUCUUUCCCUGUCACAACUGUCCAGCAAGGGAGUAGGCAGAGUGUCAGGGCAGGACUCUCAUCCUGGUGGAAAUGGGAUUCCAAGUCAAGGAUGCUGAGGCUGUCAGGGAGCCAGAGAAGGGGUCUAAGUGUGGAAUGUGGGUGGCUGUGGUUCAGUGGCCCUGUGGUGGCCCCUAGCACUGCAGACUUAAGGACUCCCCACUUAAUGCUAAGCCACAUUCUCUGUGCCAGUGUGUAGCUCUGUCGCCCUGCUUGACACAUCCAGUGGCUUACAGUGACUCCUAACUCAGCCCCCUCCAAGCUGGGUUCUUUGCUGAGCAGGGCCAGGGAACUAGAGCGAAGCCGGAGGCUUGAGACACACCUGUAUCUACAAUCCCCGUCAAGGAUGCCCACUCACCUCUCUCAUCUGACCCUCACUGUUUGUGGAAGGGAAAGCUCAAGGGGUCUCUUUUUGAGUGAUAGUCUUGCCUCCUUCAUGGCUACUCCAAAGUGAAGCCAGCAAGUAUUAAUACUUUGUUAUCAUAAAGUCUUCCUGGAACCCAGGGACCACGGAAGUCAGCUAGAAGAGCCCUGACCAAGGAGCAGGGACUUGGGCUUGAAGCUUGGCUCCUUGCUUGUGUGACCUUGACUCAUUCCCCCUAUGUCUUUGAGGAGGCUUACAAAAUGCUAAAGCUGGGAGGAAUAUUGGACAUCUGUAGGUCAAACCUCCCCAUUGGGCUGACGAGGAAACACAGCAUGGUGCCUGCCACCAUGGUGGGAUCCAGUAUGUUUUAUAAACCUAAGUGGCUCACAUAUAUGCACAGCCCUACACAUGAGCAGAAUGUGACACUCAAAGCAGCCAUGCAGUAUAUAUGUAACCUUGCACAGGAGAGGGGCUCUGGUGACAGAAGGUUGUCCAGGACUCUACUGCAGGAGAAGUAAUGGAGUCAGCGUGGUAUGGGGAGACCUACUUUUCAACCCUGGCUUAGCCACCUGCUCUGUGAUCCAGGGCUUACCUUCUUUGGGCCUCGGUCUUCUGAGUAAUGGGGAGGACCAUGGUUGGCAUUGUUAGUCCCACAGGCCAAGGAUACGGUUGAGAUGAGAUGGCUUGUAUGUGAAAAGAUUUUAGAAACAAUACAGAUGGAGGCUUGUUACUGGGAUGAAGACGGCUGAAAGGGACUCCUUGCUGUCUGCCUACUGCUUCGAGCCCUCCUGAGUUAACUUUUGCCCCAUUUGUAAAACCACCAGCAUCAGGAGUAAGGGGGAGGCCAGAUGGCUCAGAUGGACACAGAAUUCUAGCUUCAUCUGCAUCAGCUGAUUCAGUUUUCUGUUGGAAUCAGAGUGAGCAUACUUCCAUAUGGGCGAUAGCAGUAUUUCCUUGCCAUUGCCCUGGGAGUCAACUUCAAGGAUCUGGGACAUUUCCCAAGUGGGUGUUGUGUCCAUUCCUCCUCCUUCUGAACUCAGUCUUGGGAUGUGUCUGUACUUGGCCAUGUGUGUCUUAUCUGAUGUCCGUCUUCUGUAGCUUUGCCUCUGUCAGGGCUAGAGUGGUGCAGCCCCUGGCAUCUCAGACAUGGUUCCUGGCUCACUCACAGGAGCUGGACCAGCCUGAGUUUCAUCUCCCACAAUAAAGACAAGCCCCACAGACCUUACUGCUACCGCUGCCGCCAUUAAUGCUGUGCUCACAAUCUUGUCCAGGAUUUUAAGGAUGUCACACUGCUGUAGAUGACUCAAUAAAUGUUUUGCCAUUUUUC